AAUCCCCCACUGAGUUCCUGCUCUCUGACCCCUGACUUCCCUGCAGACCCUCUUCCAAAGCCCAGAGGAAGGCUGGCAGCUGUAUACCUCGGCCCAGGCCCCCGACGGGAAAUGCAUCUGCACAGCUGUGAUCCCCGCACAGAGCACCUGCUCCCGAGAUGGCCGGAGCCGGGAGCUGCGGCAGCUGAUGGAGAAGGUCCAGAACGUCUCCCAGUCCAUGGAGGUCCUUGAGUUGCGGACGUACCGUGACCUCCAGUAUGUGCGCAGCAUGGAGACCCUCAUGCGAAGCCUGGACGCACGACUCCGGGCCGCUGAUGGGUCCCUCUCAGCCAAGAGCUUCCAGGAGCUGAAGGACAGGAUGUCAGAGCUGUUGCCCUUAAGCUCAGUCCUGGAGCAGUACAAGGCGGACACGCGCACCAUCGUGCGCCUGCGGGAGGAGGUGAGGAAUCUCUCCAGCAGCCUUGCAGCCAUCCAGGAGGAGAUGGGCGCCUACGGGUACGAGGACCUGCAGCAGCGGGUGAUGGCCCUGGAGGCCCGGCUCCAUGCCUGCGCCCAGAAGCUGGGCUGUGGGAAGCUGACUGGGGUCAGUAACCCCAUCACCAUUCGGGCCAUGGGGUCCCGCUUCGGCUCCUGGAUGACCGACACAAUGGCCCCCAGUGCGGAUAGCCGGGUCUGGUACAUGGAUGGCUAUUACAAGGGCCGGCGCGUCCUGGAAUUCCGCACCCUGGGCGACUUCAUCAAAGGCCAGAACUUUAUCCAGCACCUGCUGCCGCAGCCGUGGGCAGGCACGGGCCACGUGGUGUACAACGGCUCCCUGUUCUACAACAAGUACCAGAGCAACGUGGUGGUCAAGUACCACUUCCGCUCGCGCUCCGUGCUGGUGCAGAGGAGCCUGCCGGGGGCCGGCUACAACAACACCUUCCCCUACUCCUGGGGCGGCUUCUCGGACAUGGACUUCAUGGUGGACGAGAGCGGGCUCUGGGCCGUGUACACCACCAACCAGAACGCGGGCAACAUCGUGGUCAGCCGGCUGGACCCGCACACCCUCGAGGUCGUGCGGUCCUGGGACACCGGCUACCCCAAGCGCAGCGCCGGCGAGGCCUUCAUGAUCUGCGGCGUGCUCUACGUGACCAACUCGCACCUGGCCGGCGCCAAGGUCUAUUUCGCCUACUUCACCAACACGUCCAGUUACGAGUACACGGACGUGCCCUUCCACAACCAGUACUCCCACAUCUCCAUGCUGGAUUACAACCCCCGGGAGCGCGCCCUCUACACCUGGAACAACGGCCACCAGGUGCUCUACAAUGUCACCCUCUUCCACGUCAUCAGCACCGCGGGGGACCCCUAGCGGCUGCGGGAGCCCAGGCAGCCCGGGAGUGCUGGGAGGCCGGGGGUCCCUUUAGCUUUCUGUCUCUGUGGGCCCCCUCUCCCCUCUCCUGUCCACUUUUUUUCUCUCCCUCCCUUUCUCCAGGCUCUCCUUCUCUGCCCCUGUAUUUCUACUAGUGCAUUCUCUCUCUGUGUCUUUUCUCUCUUGUUCGUCUCUGAUUUUGAUACUUCACUCUUUCCGCCUUUUUCUUGAUGUCCCUUUCUUUUCAUGGAUCUGACUCCCCAGUUCUUUCCCUGUCUGCCGCUCUCUCUCCCUCUUCCCUCCUUCCCCUCCCUCCUUGCUUCCCACCCAUCCCCCCAGCCCUCCCUCCAAGUCCCCUCUUCCCCUUCAAGGAGUUGAGUGCAUGGAUCGGUUUCCUUUUUUAUUUACACUCUUUCUUUCCAGGUUGCUGGAAUAAACGGGACCUUUGACA